AAAUUCAGUGGACAAAUGAAGGAGAAUUGGCAUUCACAAACUUAAAAAUGAUGCUACAAACAAAUGUGAUACUUGCCUUACCAGAUUAUCAACAACCAUUUACCUUAUGUGUUGAUGCUAAUCAAGGUUAUAUGAAAGCGGUAUUAACACAGCCGUUCGGGACAAAGGAAAGACCACUAGCAUUCUAUUCUAAAUGAUUAGAUGCAGUAGCAGCUGGUUUUCCAAAAUGUUUGCAAGCAUGUGCAGCUGCUGCAGAAGCAGUAAAAUUAUCAGCAGAAUUAGUGUUGUGUCACCCACUCACCCUGAAGGUGCCACAUUCAGUUUCAUUAGUUUUACUGCAGACACCGCUUCCGUUCCUCACACAUGCUAGACAUCUGACCUUAGUCUCACUCCUGCUUUCACAGUCAAACAUUACUAUACAGCGAUGUGGUCCUCUUAACCCUAGCACCCUUCUUCCGACAACGGAAGAUGGAGAGCCACAUUCGUGCAAAGCAGUUGUGGAAGAGCAAACAAAACCCAGAGCAGAUAUUUUACAGACCCCAAUAUCAGAUUCAAUGGUUGUUUAUGUAGAUGGAUCAGCAUCAAAAAAUGAUAUGGGAAAAAAUAAGGUCGGGUAUGCUGUAGUUGCGUCCACUGAAGUGUUAGAGGCCAAUGCACUCCCACCUGCUUGUUCAGCACAAGCGGCUGAACUCUAUUCUGUAAUUAGGGCAUGCGAGCUAUUCAAAAAUAAGUCACUUACUAUAUAUACUGAUAGUCAAUAUGUUCAUCACCAUGCAAGAGUGUGGAAAAAUAGAGGUUUUAAAACAUCGCAGGGAACGUCUCUAACUCACACAAACUUACUACUUAGAUUAUUAGAUGUUGUACAAUUACCGACUCGCCUUGCACUGUGCAAAUGUAAAGCACACCAAACCGAUGCUUCCACAAUAGCUAAAGGAAACAACUUUGCAGAUAAAACUGCCAAAGAAGCGGCACUGAAACAGCCCACCUUAUCAGUGGCAGACAUUCUUUUCAUAGAUAGUGAUGUGCUGUGUGAUGCACAGAUUCAUGCUCCUAAAACAGAAAUACAGAGUUGGAUCAAGAGAGGAGCAAUACAGCAAGGGAAAGUUUACUAUAUGAAUGACAAGCCUAUCCUACCAAAAAUUUAUACAAAACAGCUGCCUUAGUGAGCCAUGGAAAUACUCAUGUCUCAACAGGAGGGAUGGUACAUAUUAUCCAGCAAUACUUUUAUGCUAUAAAUUUUUCUGAUUAUGCAAAGCAAUUUUGUAGAACAUGCUUAAUUUGCUGUAAACAUAAUACACAGGGUAACAUGAGACCAAAACGUGGUCAGUUCCCUGUAGCUGAGUACCCGUUUCAAGUUGUACAUAUGGAUUUUAUUGAAUUAUCUUGGUCACAAGGGAAGAAGUACUGUCUAGUCAUUAUAGACACCUUUUCUACGUGGGUAGAAAUAUACCCUGUAAAGCACUGUGAUGCAAUGACUGUUGCAAAAUGUUUGGUAGGCCAUUAUUUCCCUAUUUAUGGCAUACCUCAUAUUAUAAGAUCAGACAAUGGGACUCAUUUUGUAAAUCAGACCAUGUCACUUUGUUCACAAGCAUUAGGUUUUACGCUUAAGAAUCAUUGUGCUUAUCACCCUCAGAGUGCAGGCUUAGUGGAGAGAACUAACGGCACUAUUAAAACAAGGCUCAGAAAAACAAUGGAAGAGACAAAAAGGCCGUGGCCAGAAUGUUUGUCUCUAGUAAAAUUGUGGAUGAGAAUAACUCCCAUUCCUGCAGGAUUAACACCUUUUGAGAUAGUGUACGGAAGGCCGUUUCCCCUAGCAACCGAAAUGAGUGAUAUAGGGAAAGCGGACAGAGAAAAUACGUUGGCUAAUUGGAUGCGAAAGUUGCUAUCAUCACAACAAAAACAUAGCCCCAGUAGUCUGCCAGUAAAUUCUGUUUCUAACCAACAGGAUAACUUGCAGCCAGGGGAUUGGAUCCUGGUCAAGGUCCUGUUGCGGAAGGAGUGGAGCACACCCCGGUGGGACCGUCCUUAUCAAGUCCUCCUCACAACACCAACAGCUGUGAAAAUAGCAGAACGACCUUCCUGGAUACACAAAAGUCACUGUAAACCCAUCAAGCCCUUAUCAGAGGCCUCAGCGACAGAGUAG